AUGCCAACGGAACAGUUACAGGCUUUUGGACAGGGAAGCAAAACUCUCAUUUGCAUCUUAUUUACAAAAAAUGAACAUCCACCCUCUCUUGAACGUGUCUUCCUGAACUUUCCUGGAUAUUCAUCGGCUGUUGCUCAAAUCCAAGCAAAUGCUACAAAGCGACUCCAAAAAUUCCGCAACAGAAUUCACUUUUCAAGAGACGCAAAGCGAAUUUACAAGAAAAGGCCUAUGUUCAGCGUCCGUCCUAUUAGAGCGGAAGACUUCUCGCAAGUCCAUGAAUUCACCUUGAGACUUCUGCGUCACCACGUCGGAGAGUGUGAGAAAAGUGAUCUGGAGCCGCAGGACUUGAGUGACCUUUUCAAGGAUGGAUUCAUCGAAGGAUUGCUACUCACGUUCUCGGCCAGUAGCGAUCAAGAGCUACAGCCAAUCGGAUUCAUGAUAUUUCAUUCAGACAUCUCUCCGAUGCACGGUGGUCGAGGAGUCUACUUGGAUCAAUUUUAUAUUGAACCGGAAUUUCGCAGACACGGUCUGGGUCGCUUGAUGAUGUCCGCACUUUGUGAGAAAGUUAUUGCUUCCAAUGGACAGUACGUCAAAUUGGUUUACCAAGAUGGACUUGGUCUGGAAUGUGUCUAUGGGAAGAUGGGCUUCGUGAACUAUUCAAAAGAGCAUUCGGAACUUCACUUUUUCGAAGUCUACGGAAAGCCGAAACUCGAGGAAUUACUCAACCACACCGGAGAUGUAAAUGGAUGUAACAGAGUUGAUGGUCCAAACCGGUCGUUCUUUCCCGGUGGCCAGUCUUCCAGGCUGGCACUAUUAGUUCUUCCAUUUUCCCAAACGCCACCAAACAGUCAAAACGGUUUCCCUGCUUGGUCAAACAUUAGUCCUGAAACGGAAUCUUUGCUGAUUCAAUCAGAUAGAUCACCACCGUGCUCAAGAAUGGUGUUGGUGACGGAAUCAUGCCCGGACUAUACAAAAGCAUUUUCUAACUCGAGGAUGAUUUCUCGUCCAAACUUGAGUCAGAGACUGUGCAUGUUUAUCGAACAAUGUUCGGUUUGCAGCUGGCUCGGUCCAAUGGUUACCUUCUCAGAUUUUGUCGGUGAUACGAGCAUCUUAGAGCCCAAUGUGUUCACCGAUCGAGUACGUGCCUGGAUUCAAAUGUGUCCGCGACUGUCUGGAGCUGUGUGGGAGGUCCCGACAAAACAGCUGAUUACUUCGUCGGACACGGUGCCAUCUUGUCCUGCGGGCCAGUUUAAAGUGAACAACCAGUGUAAUACUCUGUUAACAACGCUACUCGAUGUGCUGCGUGUACCAGAUGAUACAAGUCAAGAAGGAUGGAAUAUCGCUUAUCUCGAUAAAACUGGUAUGAUCCGAUUAAUUGAAUCAACGAAGAGAAAAUUUAGAGAACCGUGUACAUGCGUUGAAAAGGACUUGUGGAAGUCACAUUCACCCUCUCCUGGCGGAAUCCCUCUGGUGAGUUCACACCACUUAGAGGUAGCACCAGACUCGAAUUUCGAUCUAAUUAGAAAUCAUCGGCAGUGCAUAAUCUUGACCAUGCCGGGGUUUGAACUCUGUACAUCUGAAAUGUUAGGUGAGCCUACUACCACUACUCGCCAGUGCACGCUGGACGCAUCUGAAGUAUCACGUGUGAACAGGUAA